AUACGCAUACGCUCUGCGUAGUAAAAAAAAAGAAAUCAAUAUGGCGAUAUCUUGCUAAUUUUUUGGUCUGCCAAAGGGAAUUUAAUAAAAUGUGUAUUGCCUAACGUAACAGUACUUGUAUGGAAAACAGUAAUUGAUUCCGCGUUAAGAGUUUUCAUGUCUCAGCGCAGAAUCCCAAUACAUUAACCAAGUGAUAACUACAGGUAAACAAAAUGUGGAAGGGGUCAUUGAUCGAAGAAUUUUUUAGGGCUCCAUUGGAUCGGCGGCGACGGCGACGUGGGAAGGCUCGUGAGUUAUGUUUGUUGAUCUAUGUGGAUGUUCGCAGGGAUUAGCGAUGUCGUGGCGUGGACGGGACGACCGCAGUGACCGGAGCUCGCGGUGGGAGACUCAGGAUCGGCCGGACCCGUGGGCGAAGCGUGGACGUUCGCCCGUGUGGGAGAUGCGCCGCGAUUCUCCUGAUCGCUCGCGAGGGUCUCCUCGUCACCAUCGCGACCGCUAUGAACGGUACGACCGCACCGGGGACCGUGACCGUGACCGGCGCGACCGCACCGACCGCGGUGACCGCGGCGACCGUGGCGACCGUUACGAACGGGACGAGCGACGCGGGCGCUCGCGGGACCGGCACGAACGUGCUCGUUCGCGCUCGCGCUCUCGAUCGCGACGACACUCGCCGCGCCGCCAUGAGCGGGAACGCGACUGCGACAUUCCAGCGCCACCUUCUCCGCCAAAGAUCAGUGCACCUGAACCGCCCAUCUCACGAUCGCGUAGCCGCUCCGCCAGCCGCGAACUCGACAGUGUCAACUCUACAUAUGACAACAAGGACGAACAAGCCGUCAAUGCCUCCCCAGGAGACUGGUUUUGUAAAUGUGGCUCAUAUAAUUUUAAAAGGCGCCAAAUAUGCUACAGACGCAACUGCAAUGGAAAGCGAUCAGAAGGGACAGUUUAUGGGGCUGAUGCCGAGAGGCAUGGCUUGACAGAAGGCAUGGGUAUCACAAAAAGACUUUUGUUUAGAAGAUUAGAUGCUUUAACAACUGAAGAGAAAAUAUUAGAGGCAUUGAAAGAGAGAUGCUCAAAGGCUGUUUUAGAUUCUAUAGCAGGUAUCACAAUAGGGAGAGAAACUUUGACUGGAGCUUCAAAGUGCCUCGCAUAUAUAAAUUUUAAUUCUAUAGCAGACUCCACUGCUGCUCAUUCUGAACUGAUGACUCUUUCGCCUCCACUUGAGAUUGAUAGCCGGGAAGUAUUGAUAUCGUUUUACAAUGAGCCCCAGAAGAUUCCGAAACCUGCUCCAAAUCCAGUCGACUAUUCUAGUUAUUAUUCUCAAAUGACCACAUACAACAACAGUUCAGCUUUGUCUGAAGCAGACAGAGUUAAUGCUGCAGCAGCAGUUGCCCAGUCAGCUAUCACGGCAGCUCAGGCUCGGCAGCUCACAUGGACUCCAUCAGUCCCUACAUUUGUUAUGUCAGGUGCACAAGCUGUAACCAAUAUCAAGGCUCCCACAGGUGAUGGAACGACAGUGUAUAAUGCACCCGAUGUGAGGACAUUCAUGUAUGAUGAGACAUCUGGGUACUACUAUGAUCCUUCUUCAGGUCUGUACUAUGAUGGAACCACACAGUACUUUUACAAUAGCCAAAUUAAUCAAUAUAUGUAUUGGGAUGCCACUAGUUCUACUUAUAUUGCAGCUACACAAGCCUCACAAAAUACUGAUCAGCCUAAGCUGCCUAGUCCACCAGCAGUCACCAUGGAUAACACUAUUACUAAAGAGCCGGAGGAGAAAAAGAAAAAAGAUAAAGAGGACAAAGUAAAAGUUGCUAAGAAGAUAGCCAAAGAUAUGGAAAGAUGGGCUCGAACUUUGAAUCAAAAGAAAGAAAAUGCAAAGAGUAACUAUGUUAUGGAUCAGCCUCAAGACACAGGGCCUAGCAAGGGCUCUGCUGACAUUGGCUUUUCAGUGCUUGGAGCUGGGCCGUCAUUAACACAUGUAAGGGAAAUAUCCCCACCCCCAACUGUAGUCCCAGCUGCUCCUGAUGAGUUUUUGAUUAAGAGAGUAGCAGAACCAACAUUUGACAAUGAUGAUGGAAUUAUUGACUGGACAAAAUUAACAUGCUUACUGUGUAAAAGAAAGUUCCCUUCUGCAGAGGUCCUUACAAAGCACAAGACUCUUUCAGACUUACAUAAGCAGAAUCUUGCAGCGCAUAGGAAACAGUCUGAUUCAGCACCGCAGAUGAAUGGGUAUAGAGACCGUGCAGCUGAGCGCCGAAUGAAGUUUGGAGAGGAUGAGACACCAGUCAGAAAGAGGUAUGAGCCACCUGAGCCCCUUCCACCCGCCAUACAAGCCGCUCCACCACCAUCCGUUGUUGAUACCAUUGGAGGAAAAAUGCUUCAGAAGAUGGGUUGGUCAGCUGGACGGGGUUUGGGCAAAACUGAACAGGGACGGAUAGCUCCUAUUGAGGCAGAGCAGAGGCCAAGCUUGGCAGGUCUUGGGCAGAAGAGAGGCAUUUACACACCCACUCCUGGGGAGACAUAUCGCGACACUGUGAAAAAGCUUAUGAUUGCGCGGUACAAGGAAGUCGUCGGUCAAGAGGAGGGAAAUUAGAUGGCGAGCCGCGACGUAUGGCGUGCCCGCGCACCGCGGUGAGUAAAGUCUAUUUGCUUACUUGUCUAACGCAUCUCUUUCCACAGGCUCGACAGCAUACUUCUUAUGUCUUAGUUUGUAUAAUAAUCUAUAUACCUUGUCUUGACCCUAGAAUGAAAUGUCUAACCCCCUUAUUCAUAAACGUCUACUAAAGUUGACAAGCCGCUAAUAAUCGUUGGUCCCUUUCCAUCAUACCAAUACGUCGGACAGGGACAAACGAUUAUUAGGGGCUUGUCAACUUUAGUAGACGUUUAUGAAUAAGGGGGUUAGUCAUUAUCAUCAGUGCCUUCAUCAUGGCUGUACCUACUCUAAAAUUGUGAGUUGUGAGGAUUUGGAUAUGGUUAAAAAGUGACUAUCGAGGCGUAGAGUAAUAGGGUAAGGUCCCUACGUUAAAAGUAAAUGCCCCGAUCACAUCUAUUCCAUUAGUAUUCCAGUCCAGUGAUUGAAUCCAGCACUGAACUGGAUCUAAUCGUUUACAUUUUCAUCAUCCAGUGAAUUUAUGGAGACUGUUACCAAAAAAACAAUACGUUUUCACUAUUUACUUUUAAUCCAGCACUGGAUAGACGGUACAUUAUUCCAGUGGUGCUGGAUUGGGCGAGCGGCAAUCAAAAGUACACCAUUAUUUCAGUCACGGGAUUGGAAUGCUUACUGGGAUGAUUAUAUUCCAGCGCCGGUUCAUAUUAUUCCAGCAGCAUUCCAGCGCAGAAUUCGAUCACUGGACUGGAAUACUACUCGAAUAAAUUGUGAACCAUGCAUAAUUAAUAUAUUGUUGGAUUGUGCACUUGGUAGCUACGAUAGAUAAUUUAUAUUUGAGUUUUGAUAAAUAAAGUACAAGUCUUAUUCCUUUAGAAAAGCACAUUAUUCUGCGAACACGACAAUGUUUUUUGAUAUUCCUUUUGAGUCAUUUAAGGGACGAGGCAUAUAUUAAAAAAAAUCUCCCGCGACUUACCCUUACCCUUUAGAUUAGAUACCUAUACCCUUUAGAUUAGAAGAUUCAUACCUUUUAGAAAUUUAAAAAAUUACUAAAACAUAAACAAAAAAAAUAGAUUCUAUUCAAUUGUAAAUAUUUUUGGUAUACAAUGACUUGAGACAUUUAGUUCAAGAAUAAAUUAAGUCAAGCACGUGACGCGAUUUAAAAGAAAUAGUUAUUCGGUUGUUGCUGUUGCUGUAAAAUUACAAUCCAACACAGGUAUAGGUAGAAUAUUGCAUCGACAAGGAAUAUAGAUUAUUUGAAGCCACUGUUAGUUCUGGGAUAUUUGGGUUCUAUAAUAUAGUUUGUGUUCCUGUGAUUGUGUAUGUUCUAGUCUUUAAAUUAGGUUCUAGCUUAAAACUAGGUAUAAUAGUCGGAGGACGAAGCGAGCAGCGACGGAGCAUAAGACUCUGGAAAAAACAUUACUGUGAUAUGUAACUGUGAUAUUUAGUGGUGCAAAAACGGUGCAAGUGUGAAGCCUUUACUGACGACUUUGACCAUUUACCUUACAGAACCGGCGCAGCGCCAGGACCCGCCAAUCCUUGUUUAGAGCAGGUUUAUUUAUUUGUACAACGUUGUACAAUCGUGAUUUAGCUCGGAUACCAGGCUAGCGAGCUGCUGGCUUUUUGGCAGUAGUAUGGCAUCAAAAGAUAUGCCAUUACAAACUUACUUAUUUGUGUUUUUCAAAUCUGUUGAAUCCUUGAUGCUAUUCUUCUGUCUUUUACAAAAUAAAGAUAACCUUCGCAAGCUGGAUUAAACUUCAUUCCAAUUUAAUUCUUAAUUGAUGUAGUUUUAAUCAUGGAAUAUAGUUACGUUGGAAAAACAAAAGCAUAACUCUUCUUUGGCAAUAGAGCGAUUACUAGCGAAGGUUAUCUUUUCGCUUGUUUAAGUGGGACGUAGAUAUAUUAUAUAACUUCCAAAUUUUAUGAAAUAUUUUUUUAGCGUCUUAUUAUAACUAUAAUGUUUAAGUUGUGUUAUGUAAAUGUAAACGGCAGUGAAUCUUUUCUGUAUGUUCCACGAAUAUGUGUGUAGAGGACUAGUGCAGUUAAAUUACCUGUUACGACGGUUUUGUUACUUUGCAUACCUCUGCUAUAAACACUUUAAAUAGUAAUAGCUAUUAUUUUUAAUAUUUGACCUUAAUACUCAGUAAAUUAAAAGUUAAUGUUCACACGAAAACAUAUUUAAAAAAAUAUAUAGGUACUUAAAGACGUAAAACACUGCUUAUACAUAGCAUUUAUCAACAAAGUAUAAUUUAAAAAAAUCUUUGUUAUUCAAAAAUCUUUGAUUUUUAUCAAUAAACCGAAUUUCAUAGUUAAAUAAUAAGUCAAACAUUAACUAUUUAAUGCAUUCAUAAUUGAAAUGUUAAUGUUGUUAAAUUAACUAUGUACAUUUGUCACAUUCACCAUUACCUAAUAAUAGUAAUAAUACACCAGUAAUUCUUACUUAGUUUUAAUCUUGCUUUGUAUUAAUAAAGUUGAACUGUGUUUAGAUUACCAAGUAAAUUAUUAGAAUUAGAAUAUAGAAUCAAAUCGGUACUGAUAAAUUAAUGAACUUUUUACGCAAUGUACGUUAACUCCAACGAUAGUUAUUCAUCUUAAUUUGAUUAUUAAACGCUACUCUGGUUAAGUUUAUUUUAAACAUAAGGCUUCUAAUUAUGUUUUACUUCAUAGUUUUGUAUAUAUAUUCGUAAAUCGUUUGCAUUGUUGUUCUAAAAGUGGCGCUAGCAUCGGGUUGCCUUAAGCACUCCUAGCGGAUAGUAAUUGUACUAAAUGAACUGCAAAUUUAAAUCAUAGCCGGUAAGGCUUCUAACGCGCUAUAGAUAGAUUAAAAUAGACCAUGUACAAAUAUAUAAAUUAUACAACAUUUCGUUA